GCUCCGCUCCGCCGGCCCCGCAGCGCAAAGGAAACUUUGCUCCCUCCUCCCUGCUCCCAUCGGUGCCUCCGGGAGCCGCCGGCUUUGGGAAGCAGGAAACGGAGCGGCCGGGGCGCCAUGGGCGGCGCCGAGGAGGAUUAUAACUUCGUCUUCAAGGUCGUCCUGAUCGGGGAGUCUGGGGUGGGCAAAACCAACCUGCUGUCCCGCUUCACCCGCAACGAGUUCAACCACGACAGCCGCACCACCAUCGGCGUGGAGUUCUCCACGCGCAGCAUCCUGGUGGGAGACUCCGUGGUGAAGGCGCAGAUCUGGGAUACAGCCGGGCUGGAGCGGUACCGCGCCAUCACCUCCGCGUAUUACCGGGGGGCUGUGGGUGCCCUGGUUGUCUUUGACAUCACCAAGCACCAGACGUACGAUGUGGUGGAGCGGUGGCUGAAGGAGCUCUAUGACCACGCUGAGCCCAGCAUCGUCGUCAUGCUGGUGGGGAACAAGACUGACCUGGCCCAGGCUCGGGAGGUGCCCAUGGAGGAGGCAAGGAUGUUUGCAGACAACAACGGGCUCUUGUUUGUGGAGACCUCAGCGCUGGAUUCCACCAACGUCGAGCAGGCGUUUGAGACCAUCCUGACGGAGAUCUUCCGCAAGGUGCAGCAGCAGAAGCAGAGGAGCGGCCAAGCCACCACGGUGGCACUGGGCAGCGGGAGCGCCGGCAGCGCGGCCGCGGCGCAGGAGAAGCGCCCGUGUUGCGUGGCCAUCUGA